ACCGAACUGGCCAGAGGCGAGAGCAGGAGCAGCAAUAUUUCAAAUAGAAAUAAAUAAAUUAAAUAAAUUAAACACCCCCGAAUAAGACGCAGAGUCAGAGGCAGAGAGUAGUUUGAUACACACAACAAAAGCGAACGCGAAAGGCACAUUUCGCGUAUCGUUUGGCUUUCCUUUCCCCUCAUUUCUCAGUAACAGAUCUAUUGUGCACUCAUUUCUUGGAUCAGUGCAGUGUAGUGUAGUAGCCGCCAUGAUUUCUUCUAGCAAGCUCAAAUCUGUCGAUUUUUACAGGAAAAUUCCAAGAGACUUGACUGAAGCAUCAUUAUCAGGUGCAGGAUUAUCCAUAAUUGCAGCUCUCUCUAUGGUUUUUUUAUUUGGCAUGGAAUUGAGUAAUUAUUUAACAGUCAACACCUCUACGUCUGUUAUCGUUGACAAGAGUUCUGAUGGGGACUUCUUACGUAUUGAUUUUAAUCUAAGCUUUCCUGCUCUUUCAUGUGAAUUCGCAUCAGUUGACGUAAGCGACGUGUUGGGAACUAACAGGUUGAAUAUAACCAAGACAAUCCGCAAAUUUUCAAUAGAUCAUGAUUUAAACCCUACUGGCUCUGAGUUUCAAUCAGGACCGGUCUUGCAUCACAUUAAGCAUGGAGAUGAGAUUGAAGGAGAAGUGGGCGAAGGGUCUGUAUCACUAAAUAGUCGUAAUUUUGAUCAGUAUGCACAGCAGUAUCCAAUAUUAGUUGUCAACUUUUAUGCUCCUUGGUGCUACUGGAGUAAUCGUCUGAAACCUUCAUGGGAAAGUGCUGCUAAAAUAAUGAGAGAAAGAUAUGAUCCAGAAAUGGAUGGACGCAUUCUUUUGGUGAAUGUUGACUGCACUGCUGAUGCUGAAUUGUGUAGAAGGAAUCACAUUCAAGGGUAUCCCUCCAUUCGUAUUUUUCGUAAAGGGAGUGAUAUCAAGGAUGACCAUGGACACCAUGAUCAUGAAUCUUAUUAUGGAGAUCGAGAUACAGAGAGCUUGGUUAAGACAAUGGAAAGUCUGGUUGCACCUAUUCAGCUGGAAUCUCUUAAAUCUGAAAAUGCGACGCAGAGUACCAAAAGACCGGCACCUUUGACAGGGGGAUGCAGAAUUGAAGGAUAUGUGCGCGUAAAAAAGGUUCCAGGAAACCUCAUUAUCUCAGCUCGUUCAGGGGCACAUUCUUUUGAUCCUUCUCAAAUGAACAUGUCACAUGUCAUAUCCCAUCUUUCAUUUGGCUUGAAGGUUUCACCCAAGGUGAUGAAUGAAGCAAAGCGAUUGGUACCUUAUAUUGGUGGAAGUCAUGACAAGUUAAAUGGGCGGUCAUUCGUUAAUCACCGAGAUGUAGAUGCCAAUGUUACUAUAGAGCAUUAUCUUCAAAUAGUUAAAACAGAGGUGGUUACAAGACGAUCUUCUCGUGAACAUAAAUUACUCGAGGAAUAUGAGUACACAGCGCACAGUAGUUUGGUACAGAGCGUGUACAUACCUGCGGCAAAAUUCCAUUUUGAGCUCUCUCCAAUGCAGGUCCUAAUCACAGAAAAUCCCAAGUCAUUUUCACAUUUUAUAACCAAUGUCUGUGCCAUAAUUGGAGGUGUCUUCACGGUAGCUGGGAUAUUGGAUUCAAUUUUGCACCACACAGUUAGACUGAUGAAGAAAGUUGAAUUAGGAAAAAAUUUUUGAUAGGGAGAUUAAUUUUUCUUAGUUGUAUAAAAAAAUUUCAGAUGUUUCCAUACUUCAUUUGUUACCAAGGAUAAUUAAAAACAGUUGCAAUAUAUUAUUGCUUUUGAUAGAUGCAAAGCAUGACAAGUGAUCGGAAAAUUUACCCA